GGUAGACGGGACCCUUUGUGAUCAGCUGUAAAUGGGGACUCCUGGGACUGGCAGUCGAGAUUGUCACAUACUGGGGGGUGGUUAAGAGCUGGGCUGCUAACCGAAAGGUCUGCAGUUCGAAUCCACCAGCCGCUCCUGGAAAACCCUGUGGGGCAGUUCUACUCCUUCCUGUAGAGUUGCAAUGAGUUGGAAUCGACUCGUUGGCAGCGAGUUUAGGGGGUGGUUUAAACCCGUAGUGUUUGAAACGUGGGGGCAUUUUAACUGCUCCUCUGUCCUCCGCAGCCUUCUCCGGCAGUAUGAGCAGUGGGUGUACGCCUUGCCCUUGGUUAUGGAAUAAGAAAAUGUGGAGGCUUUCUAAAUGGGAAAAAGUGACCAUGACAUUUGCUUUCUGCUACUGGCCUCCCUGUUGCUGUGACUCCAUCUGCUUUUGAUGAAUGGCUAGGAGGGUGGAGGAUAGUUACAUUUCCUGUUGUGGAUUUUUAGGAAUCAGCAAGGUUGUUGUCAAGCGUACAGUCGUUCAUGGGUUUUCGGACUGCCUGUGAAUACCGUUGGAGCCUAGCAGCCUGCACUUUUUGGUGCUUAAGUGCAGGUGCAGAGAGGAGUCUGGUGACAGACGAGCAGGGAGAGUGGACGGCCUUGAUGCUAGACAGAUGCUGCUUCCUUAGCAGGACCUGGCGGGCGGGGGGAAUCCCUGCUUAGUUUUGUCUCCCAGGCUGAUCCAGCAUUAUCUGAUUUUCCAGAAGCCCCAUCUUUUUUUUUUUUUUGCGGGAGGGAAGAAAACUAAGAAUUCCUAGAAAAACUUACGUUUUCUAAGGAAACUUCAGCAGAAAGAAUAUUUAGGACUUAAACUGGAAUCUCCAAAAGGAAAACCUUGAAUAUCUAUUGAUUGAUGUCGCAAAGUCCAGAAUUUCACUGUUAAUUAGUGAAUGAUUAUAAUUAAAUAACUUGGCCUGUUGUGUAAGAAGUUAGAUUUUUGCCACUUAGAUCCAAGAGUUCUUGUCUGUUGUUAUGAUUUGUAUAGUUUAAUUGCUUCUUGAAAUGAAACACUUACAUUUUCCAUUCUCAACAAAUAGCCUUUUUUCUGUGAACCCUCAGAAGUUAAGAGAUAAUUCCACAUAUUUCAGAUGUACUUAACGUGUAAAAAUGUGGUCAUAAUCAACAGUAAGGGUGUGUGUUCAGAUGGGAGGCCGAUCAUGGCCAGCAAACGGUUGCCAUGAAGCAGCGGCAGCUCUGUGAACUCUGGCCCCACCGCUGUCCUCGCUGCCGUCUGACGUGCUUUAUUAGGGCAAAUAUUCAAUGUAGGAGCCAGUUAAAGAUGUUUACACUUCGUGACGGAGCACUCGAAACUAAGGAAGUUCAGCAUUUGAUGUGCCUUAAAUUCCUUGUGUUGCCAAGGACAUUUUAAUUUUAUUCUUAGUAUCAAAUAUAAGCUCUGUUUUUCUUUGUUGUUGUUGUUCACUUGUUUUGUUUUUAGAGCAGUUUCACACAUUUCAUUUUGAUAGUGAACAGACCUCUGAACUGGGUCAUGAUUCCCUAAUCUGCCUUAUACCAAAAAGGGCUUAAAGCAGAUAAGGGAAUUAGUUUAUUCAUUCAGUAAAUAUUCGCAGAACAUUUACUGUGCACCAGACCCAGUGCUAGGCUUGUGGAUUCAACCGAGAACAAGAAAGAACACGAAAGGCCUUUAGGGAGAUUGCUUUUUAGUUGGCGAGCUGAUGAUAAACAACCACAAAAUAAAUACAGUGAUUACCUUUUGGGGUCCUUUGAAGGUAAUAAUAAUAUUUGACUGUAUAUCUCAGAGUUGCUUUUGGGAAUAAAUGAGAUACUGUGUAUGAAAGAAAGUUGCCUAUAGUACAGUAAUCUAUAAAUGUGUAAGGCAUUAACUUAAAAAAAAAAAAAAAACUAUCAUUACUAUUAACCUAAAAAGCCGGGCGAUCAUGAUUGGGGAUUAAAUGCUGACUUUCUCUUAUCACACUUCCAGAAAGGAGGGGCUUUACUUCUGAGAGUAUAUGAAUGUUGGCAAGGAGUUAAACAUGGAGUAACUAUUUUAUGUCAAGUAUCGAGAAAGUAUUUAACAAUGAAAUAUAACAAUGUCAGUGAAUUUUUCCUGUCAAAAAUUAGGUGGUACCUAUGGAGACCAGAUGAGAUGAAAAUAACAAUGAUUGGACCAAUGUAUUUUCUGUAUAGCGGGAGAAAAAAAUCUUCCCAAGCCUCAUUGUGCUGUAGUAUGAAUUUUCUUCGUCAUUGCUUUGAGACUCUUCGAUUCAUUAUGUAUAAUUACAGGCAUGCCUUAGCUAAUUUCAAUAUUUUGCCAUAACAUCUUUAAAGGGACUUGAUUAACUUGCAUUUAUUGAAUACUUGUGUGCUCAACGUUACAUAUGUGAAAUAAGGUAUUAAAUAUAUAACAUAUUUUUACAUAUAUAAAACAAAAUACAGAAAGUAAUACAUAAAAAUAAUCUGCUGAGAAAUGUCAGUUAUUAUUAAUAAAAGUCAACUCUUCUUCCUUACAUCUCUCUGGGGUACUGUGUUCCUUUCAUGCAGGAGUAAAAGGUCAGGCCUUUCUGCCUCCGUCCCGUUUCUGUCGCCCUUGGACUUGAGUUGGAACAAUGAUUUCUGCGUUACGUCUGCCCGAGGCAGGGCUGUGCGGUGGCCAGGUGGUGGGAGUGGCUGGUGGGAAUGGGAGCAAGGUUUGAUUAAACCUCACUUUUUCAACAAAUAAUGAUAAACUUCUGUACGUAGAAGGAAAAUAAUACAGAGAGUUGAGAUGUAAACCAGAAGUCAGUAUUUAUCUAAAAUACCAAGGGAAAUUCACAGCCAUGAAAUGAAGCCUAUAGGCACCUGAUCCUGGCAGCUUCUUUGUCUGCAGGGCUCUACCUGGGCCCCUCUGGAUUCAAAGUGGACAGCAGGCUUGCAGCCUCCAACUUUUUACCUCGAAGCAGCCCUUCAAAAUGAUUUUCCCCUCACAAGCCCUGUAUUUUGAGGGUCUUGAAAUAAAUUGCAUUUACUUAGGGAGAGUUCACUUGCUCAUUUUCUAUUAUUCAGAACACGUGGCGUUUCCAGUCAGAACUUACGAUUGACUUGAGAAAAGCAUUGUUAUCGAAUCUAGUUGAUCUAAUUCCAGGCACAGUAGAGGGACUUGGUGUUUUAGACAGCCUGGACAGCGCUUUUCAGGUAAGCUCACGGUCCUGUUGGGCUUUUUGAGGUACUGAAACUAGCAGAGGACCCUCCCACCUCCAUCAGUACCUUUGCGUUCUGCUCGGGGUCCAGGGAGUCCAAGAUCCGAACCACUGUAGAACUCACGCAGUUAAGUUGUUAAAUGAAUAUGAACCUUGUGCCAUUAGUUCAUUUAUUUGUUAAAUAUUUGUUGACAGCCACCUAUAUACUAGGCUCUGUGUGGGGGAAGGUGCGUGGACCCAGAAUCCAGAGGCCCAGAGUUGACUCCCAGCUGUUGUACUAACUCUUCAAUCACUUCCCUUUUCUGGACCUUAGUUUUCACAUCUGUAAAAUGUGCUGGUUGGUUCUGUCAUCUCUGAGGGGAUGGGGCACAGGAGCCCCCAGAUUUGAGACUAUAUAGAGCCUCUCCCCGCCUUUCCCCGCGACAACCCGUCAUUCCCCAGACUGGGAUCCCUCGGGUGAGUGGGGCAGAGCCAAAGUGGAGAACCACUGAAUCGAGCGUCUAUGUUGUUACAUGCUGUGCAGUUGAUUCCUACUCCUGAUGACCCUACAGCACAGAAGAGAACUGCCCCAUAGGGUUUCCUAGCUGUAAUCUUUAUGGGAGCAAAUAGGUCUUUUCUCCAGCAAAGCCAGCCACUGGUGAGUUUGAACCGCCAGUCUUUCGGUUAGCAGCUGAUUGCUUAACUGUUGCCCCAACAGGGCUCCUUCAAGUGUCUCUAACCAGAAAACCAGACCCAUUGCUGCCGAGUCGAUUCCACUCAUAGUGUCAGAGUAGAACUGCCCCAUAGGGUUUCCAAGGCUGUAAAUCUUCAUAAACGGCCACAUCUUUCUCCUGUGGAGGUGCUCGUGAGCUUGAACCAAUGACUUUUUGUAUUUUUAUCUCGUUGUCCCGGAAGGCCACAGAGAAUUUGGGCUUCUUUUCUAUUUGUUUCUGUUUGGGCUGAGAGUCCUUUUGUCAGUCUAGUAUUCAGCUCCCAUAAGCAAGAAAGAAUUAGACCCAAGCAAGGAACAUCUCCAUAAGUCACGGUCCAUGUGUGUGCUGCACUGCCCUGUCUUCUUGACGAGCAGAAGGCUUGUGCGGUUCUCUCUCAUGAUGGAUUCUAAGCAUUUUUAUCUCAAGGGCAAGACCAAUUUAGUUCAACAGAAUAUCCUAGUUUAGGAUUUUGUGGAUAAAUGCCUGUCCAGCUUUCAUUAAACAAACAUUUUGGGAGUUAACUGCUUGCUAUGUGAUUUUCAUAAGGAAUUUCUUUUCAGAUGUAGUUGGCAGCCUGUUGCUGUCUGUGUUACAGCCUUUGACACUUGGUUACAUAAUGUGAUCAAAGGAAAAAGUGAUUUCACAGUUUAACUUGUUCUUAUUGAGGUUAUGAAUGUCAGGUGUUUGGAGGAUCUAAAUUUUUUUUAACUUUUUUUUUGUGCUUUAGAUGAAGGUUUAUAGAGCAAAUUAGUUUCUCAUUAAACAAUUGAUACACGUACUGUUUUGUGACAUUGGUUGCCACCCACAAGACAUGUCAGCACUCUCUCCUUCUUGACAUUGGGUUCCCCAUUACCAGCUUUCCUCUCCCCUCUUGUCUUCUUGUCCUUCCCCCUGGGCUGGUGUGCCCCUUUAGUCUCAUUUUGUUUUAUGGGGCUGUCUAAUCUUUGACUGAAGGGUGAACCUCAGGCGUGACUUCAGUACUGAGUUUAAAGGGUGUCUGGGGGGCCAUACUCUUGGGGUUUCUCCAGUCUCGGUCAGACCAGUAAGUCUGGUCUUGUGAGUUAGAAUUUUGUUCUGCAUUUUUCUUCAGCUCUGUCCCGGACCCUCUGUUGUGAUCCCUGUCAGAGCAGUUGGUGGUGGUAGCUGGGCACCAUCUAACUGUGCUAGACUCGGUCUGGUAGAGGCUGUGGUACUUGUGGUCCAUUAGUCAUUUGGACUAAUCUUUCCCUUGUGUCUUCCUUUGGUUUUCUUCGUUCUCCCUUUCUCUAGAUGGGGUGGAACCAGUGUAGUACCUUAGAUGGCUGCUGACAAGCUUUUAAGACUUACUUUGAUACUCACUAAAGUAGGAUAUAGAACAUUUUCUUUAUUACCUGUUGUGCCAAUUGAGCUAGAUGUUCCCUGGGACCAUGGUACCCAGCCCUCAGCCCAGUAAUUCAGUCCCUCAGGGAGUUUGGAUGUGUCUUUGAAGCUUCUAUGACUUCGCUUUGGUCAGGUUGUGCUGGCUUCCCCAGUAUUGUGUACUCUUACCCUUCACCAUGCCUCCUGAAUUCUUGAUUGGGAGAGAAAGAAGAUGUAAUCAGGCAGAUAAAUUUUCUGUCUUUGCACAAAUGCCAUUGAAAGAGUUUCAGAGGUUGGGGGUGGUGGGCAACGGUAACAGUUGGUAGUUAAUUGAUAGGAACUCAAGGACCAGCUGAACUAUUGGAGGACCCUCCACUCUGGGCUUAGAGGUCAGGCCUUUUUAUCCAGGGAAAGAUAAAGUCUGAUGGGAAAACUGUUAGGUAUCAGUAGACUUUUUACAAAUGAACAGCAAGUUGUCAGUAGUUAUCACUUGGGCAUGAUUGAAGCCACCUUAGGAAUACUAGUAUUAGGACACUGUCUGGGCUGGAGGAAUUGGUACCCACCAUCCGAGGCCUUAAGGCAUUGGUGGUUCAGUGGUAGAACUCGGACCUUCCGUGUGGGAGACCCGGGUUCAAUUCCUGGCCACCGUAGUGUGUCAUUGGAAGCCCGUGUGUUGCUGUGAUACUGAACAGGUUUCAGCAGAGCUUCUAGACUAAGAUGGACUAGGAAGAAAGGCCUGGCAAUCUGCUUCUAAAAAUCAGCCAUGAAAACUGUAUAGAUUUCAGUGGUCCAGUCCUCAAAAGGAUGAUGCAGGACAAGGCAGCAUUUUGUUCCAUUGUGCAAGGGGUCACUGUCUGUCAGGGACUGACUCUGCAGCGGAUUACAACAACAUUCGAGGCCUCAAACUUAAUCCAAAAUUUCCUUUGGAAGAAACUAUAGGCUUCUAGAGGAAGAUACAGAAUACAGGUAGAUAAUAUUUAUUAGAAAUACUGUGAUAACACUCUUAGGUCCUCUUCCUUUCCCCCAGGUGGUCUUCUUUGGUUCAGUGUUGUUUUUGUCAGCAGGAGGUAAAUAAGGAACCCUGGUGGCACAAUGGUUAAGUGCUUGGCUGCUAACGUUCAUAAGUUCAGUAGUUUGAACCCACCAGCCUCUCCGUGGGAGAAGGAUCUGGUGAUCUGCUUCUUUAAAGAUUGCAGCAUAAGAAAACGUAUGGGGCAGUUCUGUGCUGUCACAUAGGGUCACUAUGAUUCUGACUGUGAGUUAGACUUGACAGCACACAGUGCCAACAGCAGAAGGUAAAUAUGGAAUCAGGAAAAGAGAAUGGACCAAUUCUGUGUUUCCUUAAAGAAUAUAUGGCACAAGUGAAGACUGAAUCACGAAUGCUGUAACUGGGUACUGCAUGCCAUUGACUUUGAAACUGAGUAAUCUAUCUUGUAGUUAGAACUGUACAUUGAAAUAACCUUCCUGGAAUUCAGUUUAGUGCUAUGUACUGAAAGUCUUGAAAACGUUAAACCCUCUGACCCAGUUAAUUCCACUUCUAGGAAUCCACUCAGUGAAGUAACCAGAGUUGGGAACAAAGAUUUAUGUACGAGGAUGUUUACUGAAUUGGCUUUUAUUGUAGUGAAAACUUGGAAACAACCUAAAUAUCCAACAGUAGGAGUACAUUUGGAUGAAUUAUGGCACAUGCAGAUAUGAGUAUAGUUAGCUUACAAAAUUCAUGUUUUUGAAAAGCAUUUGAUGAUUGGAAAAUGUUUAUGGUAUAUGCUGGAUGGAAAGAAGAGGGCAUUAAAUUGUGGCCCUAAUUCUGUUUGUAAAUGUAUUUGUAUAACAUGAUUAAAAAAAAAAAAACUGGAAGAAAACAUCAUUUGGAUGGUGGGGUUGUGUUUUUUGUUCCCUUUGAAAUAGUUUUGUAAUUUCCAAAUUUAAUACAACAAGCACAAUUACUUUUAUAACUCAAGACAAUUCUAAAAUGUCCCCUCUUGACCUUACCCCUGGGUAGCGUAAGAUUGUUGUUGUUGUUAGGUACCGUUGAGUCAAUUUCAAUUCAUAGUGACCCCAUGCAGCAGAGUAGAACUGCCCCUUAGGGUUUUCUAGGCUGUAAUCUUUACGGGAACAGGUCACAAGAUCUUUCUCCCGAGGAGCUGCUGGGUGGGUUUGAACAGCUAAGCUUGGGUUAGCAGCCAUGCGCUUAACCGUUGUACCAUCAGGGCUCUGUAGUGUAAGUUUGGGGAAAGUGUACUGGUCCUUGUUGAGGAAGGUGCUGUGCUAACCUCGGGCGGAUUAGCCAGUGAGCAAGGCAGGCACAGGCUUACUUGUGUUUACUCACUGUGAGGUGGUGAAAAACAGGAGAGAUUGUGCACUUCGGAUUAGUAAGUAAACAGUUAAGCCCGUGCAUACCUUGCUUAUUGGGUAAUCCGUCCCUGGACCUGGAUUUAACUAUUCUUGUGCUCUUUCUGCCUUAAUGUCUGGAGCCAGGCUCUAGAAUCACGAUGUCCUCAGCCAGCGCUGGGAGAAGGUACCAUCGACCUACUCUUCACGGCUCUUGCUACUUGAAAACAGUUUCAGACUGGUGGCUCCUGGUGAGGUUGGACGCGCUCUUUGUCAAGAAGCAUGAAGGGUCUGAGAUGUUCCUCAAUAGCAUUGUUAUAUUCUUUAUAGACAUGAAUACUGCAGAAACACAAGGCACCUGAGUCAGGGAAAAUAGUUCUUUACUGAUAUUUACAACCAGGUCACAGGUCAGUAGCCAGAGUAACAUUGCAGUGUUGGUCCCCCAUACCUUGACCUACAGGUAACAACGUGGGAGCUGGUGGAAACUUUCUAUACGGAUGCAGGUUACAUCCUGCGGAUGAGGGAUGGAGCAGCUGCCCUCCCCCCCACCCCCGCUGGGUGGAGAGGGGAAAAAACCGUUGCUCCUUUGAUGGAAAGGAUCCUGGGUUCUCAGCUAACCUUGUGGAUCAUUCUAAGGGUAAGAUAAACCCCAGGUGUCUCUGGCUUUACAACCUAGAGAUGUGUCCAAGGUCUGGGCUUCAUCCUUGUUGAAAUUUCAUAAGUAGGGAGGUAGGUUUUCCUAGCACCUUGGGGGCUUAACUUAGGGACCUAGGCCAGCUGUAGCCAUUUGGCUUUCUCAUGAAGAUAAAAACCACAAAACCAAACCCCCUGCCAUCAGGUUGAUUCAGACUCACAACAGCCCUGUAGGGCACUGUAGAACUGCCCCAUAGGGUUUCCAAGGCUGUAAUCUUUACGGAAGCAGACUGCCACAUCUUUCUCCCACGGAGCAGCUGGUGUAUUCGAACCGCCAACCUGUUGGUUAGCAGCCGAGUGAUUAAUCACUGCACCACCGGCGUUCCGUUCAUGAAGAUAAGAAAAACUUUGUUAUCCUUUCUGGUUAAAAAAAAAAGUUUUUUAGACAAAUUCUCAUGAUAUGUCAAGAGUAAAUUGCUUCUAGGGAAAGUGAAAGCAAACGUUAUCUAUAUGUCAUAUACAUUCUCUGUUUUUAUAUUGUACGCGUCCUCAUGUCUUGGGAGACUAGGGUGUUUUGUAGGAACAUGGAGAAAUCCAGGCGAGUUUUACUUAUCCCCACAUAACCACCUUUAUAAGUCCUCUAGUGGACAGUGACUUAGUAUGACCUUAUCAGAGUGGAAUCUCUGAUUUCCCACAGCUGAAGAAGCCCCUCAAGCCCUAAUUUUUAUCUGAAAAAAAUUUAGAACACUUUUGAUCCCUUUUUGGAUACUGAAGACAUUUUUGGAUUGUUAUGCAACUAGGGUAGGGCAUAACUGUUAGGAAUUCAGCAGCAGAAUGCUGAAGAACAGCCAAAAAAUGGCAGUAUUGGUUAGGACAGCACUGUUCUGCAGUAACGUAAUGUGAGACACAUACGUAACUUUUAAUUUUCUAAUUGUUGGGCAUAGUCAGGUCGAUUUUCGACUCAUGGUGACCCCACGUGACAGAGAACUGCCCCAUAGGGUUUCCUAGGCUGUAAUGUUCACAGAAGUGGGUUGCUAGGUCUUUCUCCUGCGGUACCACUGGAUGGGUUCGAACCACCAGCCUUCCAUUAGCAGCUGAGCGCUUAACCGUUACCACACUAGGGCUCCUUCACUCUUCUAGUAGCCACAUGAAAAAAGUAAAAAACAAAACAAAACAGGUGAAAUUAAUUUUAAUAGUAUAUUUCAUUUAACUCAGCAUACCCAAAAUAUUAUUUCAACGUGUAAUUGAUAUACAAAUAUUAAUGAGAUCUUUUACAUUCUUUUUUUCAUACUGAGUCUUCAAAGUCCAGUGUUACGUCACACCUACAGCAGACCCAAUUCGGACUAGCCACAUUUCAGGUGCCCAGUAGCUGCAUGUGGCUGCUGGCCACCAUAUUGGAUAGUUCAGGCUUAGGAAUCGAAGCAAGGUCUGAGGAGAAAUACGGGGCUGGGUGGGGGAGAGUUUUAUUCCGGGAAUGAAACCUAAAAGGACUGGAGGAAAGCAGAGCUCAGGUGGUCAUAACUGCACAAAUCUCCUUGUGCCUCCCCCCCCGCCAAAACUUUACCUGAUCUCUCCAGCCUAAAAUAAUAACCUGCUCCGAAUUUCUAAGGAGUCCCUGGGUUAAUAUGCUUGGCUGAUAACUGAAGGGUUGGAGGCUCGAGUUCACCAAGAGGUACCUUGGAAGAAAGGACUGGUGAUCUGCUUAUAACAAAUCAGCCACCGAAAACUCUAUGGGCGUAGUUGUACGCUGACAUACAUGCUGUUUCCAUGAGUCGGAAUUGAUUGGACGGCAACUGUUUGCUUUCUGAAUUUCUACAGACACACCCAGUGGAUGUGCCAGCGAUAUGGCAGUUAGUCUUGUACGUUUUGAUGGUUCUCCUCUUGCCUCUUGAACUGUUAAAACAAUCUUUGAUUACUCAGUUUUUCCAUUUAUAUCAUCUACAUGGUGUGUUAUCUGAGAGCUGGGAUCGUGUCGUGUUUCUUUGCAUUCCCUCCCAGCACUUGAUAUGCAGUGAGAACUAGAUAAUCCUCUGUUGAUGUGGUUUUCAUCUGUAGAGCAAAGGUUAGCUCAGAAGGCUGAAUUCCAGCUCGGGGAGGAUGGCACAGGCUCACUUGGUGUUAGAAGCCUGGUGAUGUAUGUCUUGGGCACAUAAACAUUGGGAUUUGUCGCUUUGCAUUAAUUAGGGACUCAUCACCUACAAGGUGAAAAAUUAACGUGUGGGUAUUCUGUUUUUGUACCCAGACCGCUAAGAAAACCUUGCCAGGCCAUUCCUAUGAUCAUCUAAGUCUCAGUGAUGGUAUUGAUGCUGUUUAUAUGUAUCAAUAAGCUAUUUGGUCAUAAGCUGGAGCUGUGCAUCAGGGAGCUGCUGCUUUCCCUCUGGGUUUGUUAAUGAACACUUCAGUCUGUAGCAUAUAUGCAGUGAAAUUCUUUUAAAAUCAAGUACAAUAUUUUGCAGUUGCUGUCCUUUGCUCUCUUUGACUGUAAUUGUGAAGUUGAAGCAACAGACUUCCCCACAGAGGCAAGGCAAUUUAUUUUUAUUGAAUCCUACCUAAGAACUGCUUAGGUAGCUUUUCUCUGCAAGAUUUAAUGCAACAUUCACUGAUUCAUGUUAGCAGGGCCAGCAGCUAGAAAAAUAAAGACUAAACCAAACCUUCAGCAGAGAAAUUCCCAGCUGCUCAGUGGGCCAGAGCUUUUCCUGAUUGCUUUCUUCCAAUGAAAACACCGUAGAUUAGUUUUAAGUGAAUUCUAGUAGGUUUGGGGAUUUGCAAGUGACAGAAGAAUAGGAAAGCAUAAUCUCACUUUAAAAUAAUAAUCCUGAAGGUAAAUCUUUAUUGACUCUUUUCUGGGGUGUUGGGAUUUUGUUCACAUGGGAAAACUUAAGUCACGCCCUCUGCUUAAAAAAAAAAAAAAGCCCUCUGCUUAGCUGAUUUUUAAAGUUAAGGUCCUCAAGGUAGCAAGAAAGAACAGGCGCAGAGAAGUCAAGCAUGAGGCCGUAGCCCCAUGAGGAUGAGCUUGCGGGUUUGGGGUGUUGUAGGGACUCCCAAGGAGCCACACAGAUGCUGCUGCUCCCCUCUUCUUCUCAGCCUGGGGAGCCUGGCUGGGAGGUCCUGGUAGGAAAUGUAGAUGAAGCGUUGUUUCCACUUUUGGGUGUCGUGAUACUGUUGAUCUGUGAAGUCAGGGCAGAUUUCAACGUCAUUGGAGAGGAGUUGCCUCUCUUACAGGUGCUCUUAAUGCCUUAACGUUUUUUCUUUCUGUUUUUUCAAAGUCAGGUUGCAGUUUGGGAGAUGGGAAACGUAAAGACGUUUCAACUGGAACAAGUGACUCUUUGGACCACUCAGUCACUGGAUGAGCGUUUAUUUAGUGCUAACUGUAUGUGGGGAGUUCCUGGGUGGUUAGAGGCUCAAGUCCAGUUGUCGUCAAGCUGACCCCGACUCCUGGAGACCCCAUGUGUGUCCAGGUAGAACUGUGCUCCGUAGGGUUUCGGUGGCUGAUUUUUCUGGAGUAGAUCAUGAGGCCUUUCUUCCAAGGCACCUCUGGGUGGCCUCAAACUUCUAACCUUUCGGUUAGCGGGGAACAUGUUAAUUGUUUGCACCACCCAGAGACUCCAACUACAUGUAAAGGAGUAUAUAAAAAAGUAGAAAAGUAAUCAACUUGGAUUUGAGUUAGCUAAAUAGAUUUUCUGAAGUCUUUAGUUAGGAACCUAUAAGGGAGACCAGUUAAUAUAACUGUUAGUCAAAUUUAUGCACCAAUGACUAAUGCCAAAGAUGAGGAAGUUGAAGAUUUUACCGACGUCUGUAGUCUGAAAUUGAUCAAACGUGCAAUGAAGAUGUAUUGAUAAUUACUGGUGAUUGGAAUUUAAAAGUUGGAAACAAGAAGGAUGGAUAGUUGAAAAAUAGGGCCUUGGUGACAGAAAUGACACCAGAGAUCACAUGAUAGAAUUUUGCAAGACCAACGAUUUAUUCAGUGCGAAUUCCUUUUUUCAGCAACAUGAACGGUGACUAUACACAUGGACCUCACCAGACAGAAAACACAGGAGUCAAAUUGACUACAUCUGUGGAAAGAGACGAUGGAAAAUCUCAAUGUCAUCAGUCAGAGCAAAGCCAGGGGCCAGCUUUAGAAUAGCCAUCAAUUGCUCACAUGCAAGUGCAAGCUGAGGCUGAAAAAAAUUAAAACAAGCUGCCAGACCCAAAAUAGGACCUUGAGUAUAUCAUACCUGAAUUUAGAGACCAUCCAAGAACAGAUUUGACACAUUGAACGUUAAUGACUGAAGACCAGACGAGUUGUGGGAUGACAUCAAGGACAUUAUACAUGAAGAAAGCAAGUUGUUGUUAUUGUUAGGUUCUGUGGAGUGGGUUCCAACCCAUGGCGACCCUGUGUACCACAGAACGAAACACUGCCUGGUCCUGCACCACGCUUACAAUUGUUAUGUGUGAGCCCAUUGUUGCAGCCACUGUGUCAGUCCAUCUCAUUGAGGGUCUUCCUUUUUUCCGCUGACCCUGUACUUUACCAAGUGUGAUGUCCUUUUCUGGGGACUGAUCCUUCCUGACAACAUGUCCAAAGUAUGUAAGACACAGUCUCGCCAUCCUUGCUUCUAAGGAGCAUUCUGGUGGUACUUCUUCCAAGACAGAUUUGUUCGUUCUUUUGGUAAUCUGUGGUAUAUUCAGUAUUUUUCACCAAUACCACAAUUCAAAGGCUUCAGUUCUUCUUCGGGGUUUCUCAAGCUGGAAGAACUGAAGGGAAAAUUGAAGCCUCAAGUUGAAAAAUUGAAGGAUUCUAUGGGCAAAAUAUUGAAAGACUCAGGAAAAUUCAAAAGAAGAUGGAAGGAAUACACAGAAUCAUUGUACCAAAAAGAAUUUGUCAGUGUUCAGCCAUUUCAGGAGGUAGCCUAUGAUCAGGAACUGAUGAUAUUGAAGGAAGAAGUCCAAGCUGCACUGAAGGCAUUGGCAAAAAACAAGGCUCCGGGAAUUGAAGAAUACCAAUUGAGAUGUUUCAGCAAACGGAUGGAGCAUCAGAGGUACUCAUUCGUCUAUGCCAAUUUAUUUGGAAGACAGCUACCUGGCCAACCCACUGAAAGAGAUGUAUGUUUGUGCCCAUUCCAAAGAAAGGUGAUCCAUCAGAAUGUAGAAAUUAUCGAACGAUAUCAUUAAUAUCACAUGCACGUAGAAUUUUGCUGAAGAUAAUUCAAAAAUGGUUGUAGCAAUACAUCGACCUGGAACUCCCAGAAAUUCAAGCCAGAUUCAUCCCAGAAAUUGAAGCCAGAUUCAGAAGAGGAUGUGGAAGAAGGGGUAUCAUGACUGAUGUCAGAUGGAUCUCAGCUGAAAGCAGAGAAUACCAGAAAGAUAUUUACCUGUAUUUUAUUGACUGUGCAAGGGCGUUAACUAUGUGGAUCAUAACAAAUCAUGGCUAACAUUGCAAAGAAUGGGAAUUUCAGAACCCUUAAUUGUACUCGUGGGUAACCUGUGUAUAGAUCAAGAUACAGUCGUUUGAACAGAACAAGGGGAUACUGUGUGGUUUAAAAUCAGGAAAGGUGUGCCUUAGGAUUGUAUUCUUUCGCCAUACUUAUUCAAUCUGUAUGCUGAGCAAAUAACCCGAGAAGCUGGACUCUCUGACGAAGAACGUGGCAUCAGGAUUGGAGGAAGGUUCAUUAACAAUUUUCGAUAUGAAGAGAACUUGAACCACUUACUAAUGAAGAUCAAGACCACAGCCUUUAGUAUGAAUUAAACCUCAGCAUAAAGAAAACAAAAAUCCUCACAACUAGACCAAUAAAGUGUAUUACGAUAAACAGAGAGAAGAUCGAAGUUGUCAAGAAUUUCAUUUCACUUGGAUCCACAGUCAACACCCAUGGAAGCAGCAGUCAAGAAAUGAAACAAGGUAUUGCAUUGGGCAAAUCUGCUGCAAAAGACCUCUUUAAAGUGUUGAAAAGCAAAGAUGUCACUUUGAGGACUAAGGUACGCCUGACCCGGAAGCAGUGGUAUUUUCAGUCACCUCAUAUGUGUGUGAAAACUGGACAGUGAAUAAGCAAGACCGAAGAAGAAUUGAUGCUUUUCAGUUAUGGUGUUGGUAAAGAACAAGCGUGUCUUAGAAGGAGUACAGCUAGAGUGCUCCUUGGAAGUGAGGAUGGUGAGACUUUGUCUGAGGUAGUUUGGACGUGUUAUCAGGAGGGACCAGUUCCUGGAGAAGCACGUCAUGCUUGGGUGGGUAGAGGAUCAGCAAAAAAGAGGAAGACCCUUGACAAGAUGGAUUGACACAGUGGCUGCAACAAUGGGCUCAAACAUAGCAACAAUUGUGAGGAUGGUGCAGGACCUGGCAGUGUUUUGGUCUGUUGUACAUUGGGUUGUUAUGAGUUGGUACUGACUUCAGGGUACCUAACAACAACAAUAACAAGGAGUCUAAUUUUUACAGGUGGAUAAAAUAGAGUCAAGCAAUUAGGCAGCUAAGAUCAUAGUUCCAGAAAACACUUCUUGGUGAUUUUUGUUAUCCAUAAUACCUUUUAGAGGUCUUCUUCCUUGGACCACAGGGGAUAGUUUCAGAUUAUGGUGGAAGCACUAGGGCUAAUGUGAUGGAGCUAUAACCAAGUUGUUGUCAUUAAUUGUUGUUGAGUCACAUUGAGUUUACUCGGACUCAUGGUGACCCCAAGUGUGCAGAAUAGAACUGCUCCAUAGACUCUUCAAGGCCUUUCAAAAGUUGAUAGAUUUUCUUCCGAGGCACCUCUUUGCGGAUUUGAAUUGCCAAUCUUUCAGCUAGUAGUUGAGCGCUGAACUGUUUGUGCUACUCUUUGGCCAAGCGUAUGCAUUUUAUUUCAUUUUUUUAAAAGAUUCUUAAUUUUAUAAUAAUUAUAAAAAAAAGACAUUGUUUCAUUGUUACUGCUGUUUUUCUCCCAUUCUUUCACAUUCCAUUUGGUAGGUAGAAUUCAGCUGUUGUCUGGUGUCUUUUGCCUUUGAGAAAAACUGAUGUGGGCAAGUCAAGCACAGAUAUAGCUCUUUUACGGUAAUGUAUGUCUUUGUUUGAAAAAUCCUGAUAAUUGUCUCCACUCCCUACGUUCCUGUCCCUCAGGGUAGACACUGUAACUAGCAAGGCUGCUUAAUACAUAGCAGUUUUGCGUGGGGAGAACCUCCCCCUGUGCAUGGCGGUGAGAGGCUUUCUCCUCACAUGGCUUGAGUUGACAUCCACUGGCUUGAGUUGACAUCCACUGUGAAGGGAAAUUAGGACCUUAUUUGUUUUUUAAAAUGCUUCCUUUUCUCUGUGUAUUUGUAAGUGUGUUUUUGGCCAUGGUGAAUACUUCCAGUUGCCCAUGAUGGGACUGAGGGGACAGAGUGACAGCAGGAACUUAUGGAUGCAUUUCCGGUUGUUCUUUUUGUGGGUUCCACAAGGAUGUACUAGUACAGUCUGAAAAACUAAUGAAGAUUCUACCUAUGACGGUGUGUGUAGCAUAUAGCAGAAAACCAUUUUUAAAAUUAAUUAAUAAAUUUUUUUAUUGUGCUUUAAGUGAAAAUUUACAGCUCUAGUUUCCUGUUCAGAAUUUAUACACAUUAUUAUGUGGCCCUAGUUGCUAUCCUUAAAAUGUGAUAGCAUACCCCUGUCCACCAGGGAUUUCCCGUGUCCAUUCAAACAGCUCCUAUACCUUUCUGCAUUCUCAUCUUGCCUCUGGACAGGAGCUGCCCAUUUAGUGUCGUGUAUCUACUUGAACUAAGAAGCACACUCUUCACGAGUAUUAUUUUAUGUUUUACAGUUCAGUCUAAUCUUUGUCUGAAGAGUUGGCUUCAGUAAUGGUUUUAGUUCUGGGUUAACAGAGAGUCCAGAGGCCACGGCUUCUGGGGUUCCUCCAGUCCCAGUCAGACCAUUAAGUCUGGUCUUUUUACUAGAACUUGAAUUCUAUACCCCGCUUUUCUCCUGCCCCAUCGGGGACUGUCUGUUGUGUUCCCUGUCAGGGUGUCAUUGGUGGGAGCUGGGUGCUAUCUAGUUUUAGCCUCAGGAUGUUGGAGUCUGGUUUAUGUGACCCAUUUUGUCUCUUCGGUUAAUAUUUUCCUGGAGCUUUUGGUGCUCUUCAUUCUCCUUUGCUCCAGGUGGGUUGGGACCAAUUGAUACAUCUUAGAUGGCCUCUCGCUGCCUUUUAAGACCCCAGAUGCCACUCAACAAAGUGGGGUGCAGAACAUUUUCUUAAUAUACUUUGUUAUGACUGUUGACCCAGAUGUCCCCCGAAACCAUGGUCCCCAGACCCCCACCCCUGCUACUUUGUCCCUUAGAGUGUUUGGCUUUGUUCAGGAAGCUUGUUAGCUUUUGGUUUCGUCCAUUUGUGUGGACUUCCCUUCACCUAAGAUAAUUCUUGCCUACUAUCUAGUUAGUGAAUCACCUUCUCCCUCCCUCCCCGUCCUCAUAACCAUCAAACAAUGUUUUCUUUUGUAUUUAGUUCUUUUCUUGAGUUCUUAUAAUAGUGGUCUCAUACAAUAUUUGUCCUUUCUUGACUAAUUUCACUCAGCAUAAUGCUUUCCAGAUUCAUCCAUGUUGUGAGAUGCUUCCCAGAUUCAUCAUUGCUCUUCAUCGUUGCAUAGUAUUCCAUUGUGUGAAAACACCGUAAUUUGUUUAUCCAUUCGUCCGUUGAUGAGCAUCUAGGUUGUUUCCAUCUUUUUGCUGUUGUGUACAGUGCUGCAGUGAACAUGGGUGUACAUAUCUCCAUUCAUGUGGCGGUUCUUCUUUCUCUAGGAUAUAUUCCAGGGAGCGGGAUUGUUGGAUGGUAUGGUAAUUCUAUUUCUAGCUUUUUAAGGAAGCGCUAAAUCAAUUUCCAAAGUAGUUUACCAUUUUAUAUUCCCACCAGCAGUGUAGAAGUGUUCUAGUCUCUCCAUAACCUCUCCAACAUUUAUUAUUUUGUGUUUUCCAGAUUAAUGCUAGCCUUGUUGGGGUGAGAUGGUAUCUCGUUAUUGUUUCGAUCUGCAUUUCUCUAAUGGCUAAUGAUCGUGAGCAUUUCCUCACAUAUAUGUUAGCCACCUGAAAAAGUCGUUUUUGGUGAAGUGCCUGUUCAUAUCCUUUGCCCAUUUUUUAAUUGGGUUGUUUGUCUUUUCGUGGUUGAAGUUUUGCAAUAUCUUGUAGAUUUUAGAGAUUAGACCCUGAUCAGAUAUGUCGUAGCCAAAAAUUUUUCCUAACCUGUAAGUUUUCUCUUUACUCUUUUGCUGAAGUCUUUUGAUGAGCGUGUUUGAUUUUUAGGAGCUCCCAGUUAUCUGGUUUCUCUUCUGGUGUUUGUGCAUUGUUACGUUUUGUAUUCUGUUUAUGCCAUGUAUUAGGGCUCCUAACGUUGUCCCUAUUUUUUCUUCCAUAAUCUUUAUCAUUUAUGAUUUAAUAUUUAGGUCUUUGAUCCAUUUUGAGUUAGUUUUUGUGCAUGGUGUGAGGUAUGGGUCUUGAUUCAUUUUUCUGCAGAUAGAUAUCCAGUUAUGCCAGCACCAUUUGUUAAAGAAACUGCCUUUUCCCCAUUUAAUGGCCUUUGGGCCUUUGUCAAAUAUCAGCUGUUCAUAGGUGGAUGAAUUUAUGUCUGGAUUGUCUGUUCUGUUCCAUUUGUCUAUGUCUCUGUUGUUGUACCAGUACCAGGCUGUCUGGACUAUUGUAGCAGUAUAACAGGUUCUAAAAUCAGGCAGUGUGAGGCUUCCCACUUUGUUGUUCUUCAGUAAUGCUGUACUUAUCUGAGGCAUCUUCCAUUUCCAUAUGAAAUUGGUGAUUUGUUUUUCCAUCUCAUUAAAAAAUGUGGUUGGAAUUUGGAUCCAGAUUGCAUUGUAUCUGUAGAUGGCUUUGGGUGGAACUGACAUUUUCACAAUGUUGAGUUGUCCUAUCUAUGAGCAGGGUAUGUUUUCCCACUUACGUAGGUCUUUUUUGGUUUUUUCCAGUAGUGUCUUGUAGUUUUCUUUGUAUAGGUCUUUUAUGUCUUUGGUUAGAUUUAUUCCUAAGUAUAUUUACCUUCUUGGGGGCUAUUGUAAAUGGUUUUGAUUUGGUGAUUUCCUGUUCGAAGUUGUCUCGUUGGUAUAGAGGAAUACAACUGAUUUUUCUAUGUUCAUCUUGUGUCCUGAUAACUUUGCUGAAAUCUAUUGGUUUCGGUAGUUUUCUUGUGGAUUCUUUAUGGUUUUCUGUGUAUAAGAUCAUAUCAUCUGCAAAUAGGAAUACUUUUACUUCUUGCUUACCAAUUUGGAUGCCCAUUGUUUCUUUUUCUUGCCUAAUUGCUCUUGCUAGGACCUCUAGCUCAAUGUUGAAUAAGAGUGGUGAUAAAGGACAUCCUUGUCUGGUUGCCAUUCUCAAGGGGAAUGCUUUCAGAUUCUCUCCACUUACGAUUAUGUUGGCUGCUGGCUUAGUGUAAAUGCCCUUUAUUAUGUUGAGGAGUUUCCCUUCUAUUCCUAUUUCGCUGAGAGUUUUUGUCAUGAAUGGAUGUUGGACUUUGUCAGAUGCCUUUUCUGCCUCAAUGGAUAAGAUCAUGUGGUUCUUACCUUUUGUUUUAUUUAUGUGAUGGAUUACUUUGAUUGCUUUUCUAAUGUUGAACCAUCCCUGUAUAAAAAUUCCACUUGGUCAUGGUGAAUUAUUUUUUUGAUGUGUUGUUGAAUUCUAUUGGCUAGAAUUUUGUUGAGGAUUUUUGCGCUUGCGUUCAUGAAGGAUAUUGGUUUGAAAUUUUUUUUUUUUUUUGUGGUGUCUUUACCUUGUUUUGGUAUCAAGGUUAUGCUGGCUUCACAGGUCGAGUUUGGGAGUAUUCCAUCCUCUGAAACCUUGUGUAGUGGUGGUGUUAACUCUUCUCUGAAUGUUUGGUAGAAUUCUCCAGUGAAGCCGUGAGGACCAGGGCUUUUUUUGUUGGGAGUUUUUAAAUUACCUCUUCAAUCUUUUCUUUUAUUCUAGGUUUAUUUAGUUGUUCUACGUCUGUUUGUGUUCGUUUAGGUAGGUAAUGUGUUUCUGGAAAUUUGUCCAUUUCCUUUAGGUUUUCAAAUUUGUUAGAGUACAGUUUUUCGUAGUAUUCUGUUAUGAUUCUUUUAAUUUCAGUUAGUUCUGUUAUGAUAUCACCCAUAUCAUUUCUUGUUUGGGUUGUUUGCUUCCUGUCCUGUUUUUCUUUUUUCAGUUUGGCCAGUGGUUUAUCGAUUUUGUUGAUCUUUGCGAAGAAUCAGCUUUUUUUCUUGUUAAUUCUUUCAGUUUUUCUCUUCACUAUUUCUGCUGUAGUUUUUAUUAUUUCCUUUCUUCUCAUGCGAGUGAGCCUCUUUUACUGCUCUUUUCCAUUUUUUUGAGUUGUAGGGUUAAUGUUUGAUUUUGGCACUUUCUUUUUUCUGGAUGUGUAUAUUUACUGCUGUAAAAUGGCAUCUGAACACUGUUUUGCUGUGUCCCAAAAGUUCUGGUAGGAUGUGUUUUCAUUCUUAUUUGAUUCUGUGAAUUUCUGUAUUCUGUCCUUAAUUUCUUCUACAGCCCAGUAGUCUUUGAGCAAGGUGUUGUUUAGUUUCCAUGUGUUUGAUUUUUUUUUCCUUGCUUUUUCUGUUAUUGAUUUCUACUUUUAGGGCUUUACAGUCAGAAAAGUUGUUUUGUAAUACUUCCAUGUUUUAGAUUCUGUUCAGGCUUGCUUUGUGGCCUAAUAUGUGGUCUAUUCUGGAGAAUGUUCCAUGUGUGUUGAAAAAGAAAGUACACUUGCCUACUGUUGAGUGGAGUGUUCCGUGUAUGUCUAUGAGAUUAAGUUGGUUGAUUGUGACAUUUAGGUCUUCUGUGUCUUUACUGAGCUUCUUUCUGGAUGUUAUGUUCUGUUCUUCACCAAAAGUCGUGUGUUGAGGUCUAAUAUUAUUGUGGAGCUAUUUCUCUUCCUAGUGCUGUUAGAGUUUGUUUUGUGUAUUUUGGAGCUGUGUUGUUUGGUAUGUAAAUAUUAACGGUUUUCUCCUCCUGGUGUAUUGACCCUUUAAUCAUUUUAUAGUGUCCUUCCUUAUCCUUUGUGGUAGAUUUUGCUUUAAAGUCUAUUUUGUAAGAGAUUAAUAUUGCCACUCCUGCUCUUUUUUGAUUGUUGUUUGCCUGAUAUAUUUUUUUCCAUGCUUUGUGUUUUAGCUUGUUUGUCUUUCAUGAUAAGGUGUGUCUCUUAUAGGCAGGAUAUAGAUGGAUUGUGUUUUUUUUAAUCCAUUCUGCCAUUCUCUGUCUCUUUAUUGGUGCAUUUAGUCCAUUUACAUUCAGCAUAAUUGUUUUUGGAUAUGAGUUCAGUGCUGUCAUUUUGAUUUUGUGUGUGUGUGUGUGUGUGUGUUGUUGACACUUUGUUCCACUUAAUUUUCUGUGCUGUUGUUUUUUUUUAUGUUGUUGAUUUUGUAUUUGCUGAAUCUUUAUGUUUGUCUUGUUUUUUAUUUCGAUGUAUAGUAUUCUUAAUUUUCUUUUUGGUUACCUUAAUAUUUAUCUGUUUUUCUAAGUUUAAACCAAUCUUUUAUUUCUUGCUGUCACCUUGAUUUGCUCUCCAUAUGAAAGUUCUGCGACUGCAUUCUUUAGUCCUCUUUUUUGUUUUAAUGUCAUCUUUUACACAUUGACAUCUCUGUUUCCCUAUAUUCAGUGUUUCAGCUUUGAUUUAUUUUUGUGACUUCCCUAUCUGGGUUGAUAUCUGGUUGUUCUGUCCUGUGUUCUAGUCCUGAGUUGUUAUCUGAUGUUAUUUAUUUUCUAAUAGGAGGACUCCCUUGAAUAUUUCUUGUAAUUUUGGUUUGGCUUUUACAAAUCCCCUAAACUUCUGUUCAUCUGGCAAUACCGUAAUUUAACGAUCAUAUUUGAGAGACAGUUUUGGUUUAGAUGUAAUUCUUGGUUGGCAGUUUUUUUCCUUCAAGGCUUUAUACAUGUCAUCCCAUUGCCUUCUUGCCUGCAUGGUUUCUGCUGAGUAGUCAGAGUUUAGUCUUACUGACUGUCCUUUGUAGAUGACUUUUUGUUUAUCCCUAGCCACUCUUAAAAUUCUCUCUUUAUCUUUGGUUUUGGGAAGUUUGAUUACAAUAUGUCUUGGUGACUUUCUUUUGGCAUCUACCCCGUGUGGGGUUCAGUGAGCUUCUUGGAUAUUUUCUCAUCUUUCACGAUAUCUGGGAAGUUUUCUGCCAAUAAAUCUUCAACAAUUCUCUCUGUAUUUUCUGUUAUCCACCCCUGUUGUGGCACUCCAAUCACUUGUAGGUUAUUCCUCUUGAUAGUGUCCCACAUAAUUCUUAGAGUUUCUUCAUUUUUAAAAAUUCUUUUAUCUGCUUUUUCCUCAGGUAAGUUGGUGCCAAGUGCUUUAUCUUCAGUCUCACUAUUUCUGGCUUCUGUUGCCUCAGUUCUGCUCCUGUGACUUUCUAUUGAGUUGUCUAAUUCUGAAAUUUUAUUGUUAAUCUUUUGGAUUUCUGUUUGUUGUCUCUCAUUGGGUUCUUGCAGCCUGCUAAAUUUGUCUUUAUGCUCUGACAUAACCUUCUUAAAUUUCUCUAUUGCUUUGUCUGUAUAUUCCUUAUUUUGGUCUGCAUUUUGCCUGAUCUCGUUCCUGAUAUCUUGAACAGCUCUGUAUAUUAGUCUUUGGAAUUUUACCUCCAGUAAUUCCAAGACGCUAUCUUCCUCUGGGAGGUUUCUUGAUUCAAUGUUUUGGUCACUUCCUGAGCCAUCAUGGCGUGCCUCUUUAUGUGAUUUGAUAUUGACUGUUGUCUCCGAGCCAUCAAUAAGAAGAUAUUACAUUUAUUUGUGUUAUGCCUGCUUACUGUGUCCUAGCUUCUUUUUUUGUUUUGAUAUGCCCAAAUAGGCUGCUCGAGUGAGCUAGUUUGAUUAUUGGCAAAUUUGAAGCUCUAAUGUCCUGUCACCAGGUGGUUAGAGCUGUUAUUAGUUAUAUGAGCCCAGAAGUCUGUUUACUUUUUUUGUAUGAAUUCAGCUGAGGUAUCUAUUUUUUAUCUAGGUAGUCAGUUGCCAAGUGUGUGGAGCAGGCUCUCACCUACAGUCUUAGAUGAGCAGGGCUAAUUGGGUGUAGGCAUAGGUAUCUGGCUGCAGUAGGGGGUCAUGUGCUAAGCAAGGCAGGGGACUGAUAACCACCCCUAAAUGUCUGUGUGGAAAGCGUGUCCCUGUUCCCUAGGGCACCUACGUGGGUAGGUUUUACAGUCGGACUUUGAUCAUCUAGUACUGUUGGCUGUAAGGACUGUGUGGUACCACUUAUUCUCAGACACCUGUCGUGGGUGGCUAGGUGGAGUUGGUGGAGCCACCAGUCCUCAGGCCCCUGAUGUGAGUAGGUGAGGACCCUGCUUAAUGGGCAGGUUUGUGUCAAAUGUCGUGAAUCAGCCACUCCACUCCUCCUCAGCUGUUGGAUUUGAACAUAGGCUUCAGGUGUAUACCCUGUCGUACUGUGCUAAUGAGGGCCUAAGCUGUUGAAAUGGACCCACACAGGUCUGGCAGCAAUGAAAGGUAUUCAAAGUCCAUGGACUCCUUAUGCCUGUGCAAAGGGACUGCCCUGAGUUCCUGGCUUAAGGGAGCUGGCACAAUAUUUUUCCUGUUUGUUGAUUUGCUCCCUCUCCAAGCUGGGAGAAUGGCUCACGGCUCAUGACGGGUCCUACUUUCGGCCCAGGGAGGAGAGCAGUCGCUGAAGAUGGACUGGAACCUGGAGCAGAGCGGGUAGGGGCAGGUAAAUGGGAGAGAGGUACUUCCCAAGGGAGGGGGGAAGGGUUCUUUUGAUCUGUAUGGCAGGCUAGACACUCACCUUUCACUGAUUCACUGCCACUUCUCCCUGUUUUUGGAGGUUUGUGGAGACUCUCGACGGCUCUGUUUAUCCCAAAGCGGAAAACUCAUCCCGAGUGCUAGUGCUUGUGCUUGCCACGGUGCAAGCACACCAGCCGAUCCAGCCUGUAGGGUGCCGGCCAGGUCACGUCUGGCAAAUGCCGACUGCUUCUGAACUGUCCCCCUCUCCCUCUGCUACUCAGUCUGGUUCCUCAACUUUGUCUUGUUGUUCAGGGCUCCUAGAUUGUCAUAUAUAAUUGGUUCACUUUUUUUUUGGGUCUUUGUUGCGAGAGGGACCACAGGAAGUGUCUGACUACUCCACCGUCUUUGUCCCACCUCCUCACAAAACCAUUUUUUAAAAUUUCAUCUGUUAUAACCCUGAUGAAACACACACUGGGGAAUUAAAUUAUACUGAAUAGAGUAAAUCAGAGUGGAUUGGUAAGUGAAAAAAAUCAGAUAAAAAAUUUAACUUCUCAUAGAAUGCUAGCAUUGGAAAUAUACGUAGAAUGCUGCUGUGGCUGUUAGUCGCCAUCAGGUGGGCUCUGGCUCGUGUACAACAGAACGAAACGUAGUCUGGUUCUCCUCCAUCCUCGUGCUCGUUGGUGUGUUCAAGUCUAUCGUUGAGGCCACUGCAUUUUGAGUGCCUUCCAACCUGGGGAGCUCGUCUUCCAGCACGAAAGCAGACAGUACUCUGUUGUGAUCCGUAGGGUUUUUGCUGGCUGCUCUUCAAAGCAGAUCAUCAGAGCUUUCUUCCAAAUCUUUCUUAGUCUGGAAGCUCUGCUGAAAUCAGAACACUGCGGGGACUCUGCCGGAAUUUGAAAUACUGGUGGGAAAACGUCCAGCAUCAUAGCGACGUGGAAGCCACUACAAUAUGGCAAACUGAUAGAAGGGGAGGGGAAGGACAUAGAGUCGGGAAAACACUGUUUAUAGCGUGUUGGAAAUCAUGUGACCUGCUGAAGCCAGGUGAGCAGAUGGAGUGAUUUUGCUGAACUCGCCAGCAAAUAAUUACUGUUAGUUUUAUUUUGAAUUCUAAAAUUUCUAAAGAGAGGAAAAAUGUCGCAGUGCUCGAAUGUGGUAGUGAAUUAAUCGUAGCAGCCGCUAUCAGUUUGGGGAUCAUGAAAAAGACCUUGGGGUUCAUUCACUUUUAUGGUAUUUUGGGGUAAAGGUGAGUAAAAGCAGCCUCAAAAUAACAUUUGAGGGGAUGAGAAUUUAAAUAUGAUAUGUUUUAUUAUGUUUCAGUGCUAUUCUUUGAGUGGAUAAAAAAAUCAUUGCUGAAAUAACAGAUCUGUUGAAUGAAAUGAAUAAAGGCAUUUGUGAUUUGCUGUGAAUUACCAACAGAACGAGAAGCCAUUUAUUUAUCCCGGAUUGGGUUUUAGUAGAUGAAGAAAUUCCGGGAAGUAGUGCAAGGGUGCAGUAGCAAAUUUAUUGUUGGUUUAGGUUUAUGUUCUGCUCAAAAUUUUCGUUUCACUCAAUUCUUUUGAAAAGUUGAUCUUUACAAGAUGAUUUGGCCUGGCAAGGUGACAUGAAUUCUGACUAAGAAUGAGUUGGGAAGAAGAUACAUAAUGUCUGUUUGACACAAGGCAGAGCUUAAGGAGAACUGUACUUUGCAGAAAUUUAUAUUCUUCUCUUUAAGCUUGGGGCAGAAGUUCAAAAAAAAAAAAUCCUUAAAAUUAACCUCAAGUAUUGGUCUCAUGGUUAACGCAUUCAGCUGCCAACUGAAAGAUGGGCCGUUCAAGCCCAUCCCAAGGCGCCUUGGAAGAAAGGAACUUCUUCCCGUUCUGUCCCCUCUGCAUCCCCGGAGACUGACUGAGAGGUGAGAAUGUCGCCACCAUCGGGUGUGGAGGUCUAACAGCUUAGGUUGACUGGCUGUGCUUUACUGGAUAUUUCUCUUCAUUGUAGGGAUCAAGUUGUAAGGUCUUAGUCAAAGACCCUAGAUACUUUUAUGGUAUAUUUCUAUAUGUGAUAGUCUAUAUUCUUUUGUAAAGUGCUGCCCUUUUGACCCAUUUAUAAAUUUUUGAAUGCAGCAAAGUGUUUUUCACCAAAACCAAAACCUGUUGCCGUCAAUUCCGACUCAUAGUGAUCCUGUAAGACAGAGUAGAACUGCCUCAUAGGGUUUCCACGGCUCUACUCUUUAAGGAAGCAGACUGCCACAUCUUCUACCACUGAUCGGCUGGUGGGUUUGAACUGCCAGCCUUUAGGUUAGCAACUGAGUGCUUAACCACUGCGCCACCAAAAUGACUUGCAUAUAUGCAGUACUAAAUAAAUGUUGGUUGAAUUGAGUUACGGUGGUUGACUUAGUUUCUGUAUUUGUUAUUUCCUGCCCAGACGUAGAUCCAUCCAUGGUACUUUGGAGCUAUUAAGGCUCGUGCUGUGUUUUCCACUGAGGCAGAAGGACCAGACAGCAGGUGGAAACGCGUCAGCCAUGUUUGUGUGUGCCCUGGGGUGUGUUGGGAUGUUUUCCCUCGUCAGUCAGUAAAGAUCCUUGCUAAGGUACAAGUGCAAAUGACUGUUAAAUAGCCAGCUGUAGUCAUGCCUUCCACCUGUUUCUCCACCACAUCCAUCCAUUUUUCCUGCGCCAGUCACUCCAUGUUAAUGGUUCAAAUAUGGCAUCCACUCUCCUCCUUCCUGCCUUUCUUGUUAUUCAUCCUUCUGUUCAGAAUGUUUUCCCUUCCUUUCCACCUAAGGGACUCUCACCUGUCCACAUCCAGCUCAGAUGCCCCCUCUUCUAUGAAACUUUCCAGAGUCCUCUCAGUUCUGGGCUUCUACAUAAUAUAGUAAUACUCCCCCAAAGCCUUCCCGAAAAAUUCACCUGUGUAAAAUGUAGGGUCCCAUUACUGUGAGGUUACUGAAGUGAUGGGGUGAGUCUGAUGCAGAGAAUGAACCAAGAGCUAAUUGUGUUAAGUGUGUACUCAGUUGUCACAGAAUGUGUUACUGCGAGGCGCAUCCUCACACAUUGGCUCCUACCCCGCUUGUUUCUCCAGUGUCGCCUUCGGGACGCGGUGCCUGAUUUCACAGCUGGUGUCUCAUGUGCCUUCCUCCACCCUUGCAUUGUAAGCUCUUUGAGGACAGCGACUGUGUCUUCAUCAUCUUUGUAUCUUGGUCUUGGCAUGUAUCAGUACCUAACAGGUUUUUUUUUUGAAUGAACUAUUGAAUAAAUGUAAUUUAAAGGUUUGUGAAUAGACUUAGCUUAGUUCACCUGGAAAAUACAUGAAAAUGGUAAAAUUACUUUUCCUUAGGCUGCAUGCUUUUGCACUCACCUUUUUUUGCUUUUAUCACUUCUUAUAAUAAGUUUUACCUGUCACAACACGUUGCUGAUGUCAUCUGCCUCCUCUCCAAUCCCCUCACCCCCAAAGUGCUUCUCCAAGAGGAUUCAUCCACUUUCUCAUCAGUCAGUAAUUACUGCAUGUUAGGUUCUGUGCUUGGUAUUUUGGGCAGUUCAGAGACGGGUGAGAUGGGGCUGCUCUCACAAGGACUGCACUCCGAGAGAGCCUGUCUGCACGUCCAUGAAGCUGUGAGCUCCAGCUGAGUCAGGAGGUGGAGGGACUCAGUGGGAGGAGAGGUUGGAACGGUGGGAGAGGGGCGACUUACGGCAGUCGAGAGUCCAGAUUUUAUUCGGUGGGCAUUGUGGAGCCCUGAAGGAUUUUGAGCAAGGUGAUGAGAUGUUUUGGAAGAUUAAUCUGGCCAGCACUCCACAGUGGGGAGACUAUGCCAUUAUUCCAGAAGAUGUACCCUGAGUAUCUUCCUGCUCCUUGUGGGAUCAUCUAGCGUUGUCCACUCCGCUACUGGUGGAUCACUGGCUGUUACUAACUGAGGUUUCUUUGGGGACGCCUUGGAGAGGACCAAAGCAAUCUCAUUCCAUACUUUUCCUGCUAAUAUAAAAUGCCCUUUAUCUAUUUCUUCCUCACACAGCUUUGUCAAGCUGCUAUUAAGAUCUCUGUUUAUAGAUGAGGAAAAUAAGGUUUGGAGAACUUACAGGUUGUAAGAGGUGGGGUUUGAAUCCAGGUGUGCUUGACCGCAAACUUGAGCUCUCUCUACGACAUUAUACUCAACAAAGAGAGGGAGGGAAGGAAACCACUGUGUUUCUGGAAGGAGUUAGCAGGGUAGGAGAUAUAGUGACAGAGCAGUAGACACAAAACCCAACUUCAGCCACCAUUUGGAAAUAGUAUAAUUUCCAAAAAAUUGAAGACAAUUAUGCAGCUUGCAGGAGAGAGAUGCAUUUUUGCUUCAGAGGUAAUCCUGUACCUAGAGAGGGUAGCAAUUUUGGCUCUCUUUUCUAGUUGGAAUUCAUUGGAAAUCAGGAGGUUUACCCCAGGAAUAGAACCAGACCAACAAAAACUGUAGUGCAUAAGUUUAUAGGUUUUGUGUUGGGUCAUGACCUGGUUUGUACAUAAAGAGUGCAGUUGGGCGGCUCAGUAAUAAUAGUAAUGACCUUUAUUGAGAGUUACUGGCUGGGUACCGCCCUGUCAGCUAGCCUAUCCUCAAAGGAAAAGUGGCAGCAAGAAGGAGGUCAGGGCAGCCUGUGGAUGUGGAGCGAGGGAGGGAAUCAUUUUUUCUCAUCCAGGAAAAAAGAUAGACUGUGCCUUUCAAAGUUAACCUUUUUCAGAGCAGAUUAUCUUCAGGCAACUGUCUUGUGCUAAGGGAGUGGUUUUCAGCAGUCUGCUAGUAAUGGAUUUAAAAUCAGAUGACAGCAAACAAUUUUGUCAUUUUAUGGAAAUAGUUUUUCUUAAAAGGUUCCAGUAUGCUGGCGCUUCUAAGAGUCCCUGUUAUCGGACUUUUCAAAUUUCAGCAUUGAAAGCAUUACUGUCUCUUCUUUCCCCAUGUCCUCUUCUCUCAAUGGGGCAAAACACACCUUUUCUAGGUCUGUAGAGUGUAAAAAGCAAGCGGCAGGUUUAAACAGCCCAUGUAAUUGAGGUCCUGUCCAUUCCUUGCUGUGUUCCCUUCCCCGAGCCAAUGUGUAGGUCUUAAUCACCUGCUUUGUUUUCUGCCCUUUUCCCACACAUGCACCAUGUUACUGAACUUUUCCCCUGCUUUCCCUGUGUGCGUGAUGGCUAAGAAGUCCUUUCCUGCCUUGUAUUCUGCUGACUUAGAUGGAUGGUUCUAGGGACACCAGCGUUUUCAUGGAGAGAGGGACAGUCUUGAAUGAACGCCACAGUUAGGAGGCUGGAUGCUCCCACGUUGUAUGGUUGGUCUGUUUAUAGACCACUGGGAGUGGGGGGUUGGAUGCCAAGGAGAACCUGUGAUUUUCAGAGUUUGCUUUCCUUCUUCAAUACUGCAAAGGCGACAUUCAGGACACGCUGAUUAAGGGAAAAAUAGGAUCGCUUCUUUUCUCAUUUUCCAUACGGAAAGAAGAUUUGGAAACGCAGUACUAGCUCAGUCCAUACGCUUUGAAACCUGCGGUGAUUGUCUCUUGCUUUGCUGAAUUGCAGGAUCUGAUGCCGUCAUGGUGCUGGGACCUGGGGCCAAACUCGAGGCAUGGUUUUAAAAUUAUGAAAUUUUUUGAAAGGUCAGCCUACCCUUUUAGUUAUUUAUUGUCUUAUAUGAAUUGUUUUAGAAAAUACACUUUAAAAUGGUGAUGCAUUUUUAAAAAACCUCAUGGAUUUUCAUAAUUUAGAUGACCUGGAAAGUACUUAGAACAAGUUCACAGAACUUUCCGAGCAUCUCAUUUUCUUUUUUCACCAGAAAGAAUAUGACAUUUAUAUCAGCAACAAAUUUAAUAAUCAUUGUAGGUUUUUUGCUUGCUUGUUUUGUUGUUGGUUUUCUUUUUAAAAAAUUUUUUUUUGUGCUUUAAGUGAAAGUUUACAAAUCAAGUCAGUCUCUCAUACAAAAAUUUGUAUACACCUUGCUAUAUACUCCUAGUUGCUCUCCCCCCAAUGAGACAGCGCACUCCUUCCCUCCACUGUAUAUAUUUGUGUCCAUUCUGCUGGCUUCUGGCCCCUGCUGCCCCCUCAUCUCCUCUCCAGACAGGAGCUGCCCACAUAGUCUCAUGUGUCUACUCGAUCCAAGAAGCUCACUCUUAAAAAAAUAUGGAAUGCUUUACGAAUUCGCGUGUCAUCCUUGCACAGGGGCCGUGCUAGUCUUCUCUCUGUCCUUCCAAUUUUAGUAUCUGUGCUGCCAAAGUGAGCACGUUGGUUUCUUUUUUUUGGAAAACAUGUUUCACAUAUAAUUAAAUUGAAAUUAUGAAGAAGCAUUAGCUUAGUCUGAUUUCAAAUAUGCUAUAGAAAUAGAGAGAUGGUGGAUCUAAUGCUAUCUGUGUCUACCUGUCUGUAUUUACCUGUCCUUAUCAAGCAUCCCACAUGCUUCCAAAUGUUAAGCCUGUGAUACCUUGGGACCCAUCACCAAGGUAGAUUUUAUCUCUAGGAAAUCCUAGGGAGGCGGGUUGACUCUUUCCCUCUGGGGUAGUUGGUUAGAGCUUAAGGAUAGAUUCUCUCCCAGGUCCCCUUCAGCCUUGUUAGUCUAGAAUCUUAAGUAAAUCGUUAGUAUCCUUUAGUCUGUAAAUAAAAGCGUUUUUAAAAGAACACUGUUUUGUAAUGCACAGAAUUAUCCUCUCAAGAAUAAGGAAAACUAAGCAGCCAUCCCUGAACUUCAGAUACUCGACCUCACUCAAGGGCAAGAGAAACUACUGCCUAUGGGAAUGCUUUAAAUAAAACCUCCCAUUUCGCAGACUUGUGACAGCUAUAGUUGAUGAAAAUAUAAAAGGUGACUUUAUCAAAACAUUUCCUUCAGUAAUUAGAUGGAAACAAAGCGUAAAAGCACUUCACGUGUACUCUUACAUGCUCCUAUUUAAGCUCAUUCUGUCAUAUUCUUGCUCACUGUAUUGUGAGCAUGUGAUCUAUAUGGCUUGCUAUUUUUAAAUGGCUACAAUUUUUACUUAAGUCAACAUUAUAAAUCAAAACUUUAUAUCCUAUUUAUUUGAAAUGAAAACAGCUUUCAUGAAUUUAAAAAUGAUGCAUGUUCAGUGUAAAAAAAUUUAAAAUAAAAAAAGUUAACAUUUCCUCAAAUCCUGUCAGAGCUACUCACAGUUACCAUUUCACGGAGCUUCCUUAAGGACGUCACACUGUGUUCAUGGGCACAUAAAGCUCUCAUUAGUUUUACAUCACUGGGCUCAUAGUGUAUAACCUUAUCUAAUAUUAUGUCAUGGAUCUCUUAUGUUUCACUUUCGCUGUUAUAGAAUGUUUUUGUGCAUUUAUUAUCAAGCACUGUGUGAUUAUCUGCCUGGGAACCAUUCCUAGGAAUGACAUGGUUGGGUCAAAGAAUGCUAUUUAAAAUUUUGAUACCUAUGGCCAAGCUGCUGUGUGGAGAUGUUGUACCUACUUGUACACCCACCCUUAGUGCCUGUGAGGCAUAAAGCACUGUUCUAAGUGUUUUGAAUGUUUCCUCAUUUAAUCCUCACAGAGCCCUGUAAGAGCAGAGAGGUUCAGUGACCUGCCCAAGGUCAUGCAGCCAAUAAGUGGUAGAGCCCAAGGUCAUGCAGCCAAUAAGUGGUAGAGCCAGGGUUUGAAACCAGGGAGCUCAGCCAGGUCCCAUAGGCAGUGUUAUAUUACUUCCAUGGAAGCCAGUCUGAGAAAAUUAACAGAGAGAUGCGGCGAUGAGACUCCUUCCUUACUUUAUGAGUCUUAGGUGUGGAUAUGAGCUUUUCUCGUUCUUGAUUUAUCUGCUAGGAUAGGUGCGGAAUAAUUCUCCUGGGGCAACGCUUACUUACAUUCUUUAUGAACCUGUGUAACUGGGAAAGUCUUCUUUAAGAAGUCACUUUGGAGAUCCAGACCCUUCCCUCCGGUCUUCCUUAAAGCUGAGACAGUGCUCGGCCUUGUACACACACAGCUCCUCACCCUGCCUGCCUCCCAGUCACCUAAAUGUUGGUGGGAGAAACCUGACUUGGUUCCCCAUGUGACCUGAGGGGGUUAAUAAGUAGAGGUGCAAAGGUUUGACGAAGCUUUGCUUAAGGACUUCAGCUUUGAAACCCUUAUCUUUGCUGCGGGAUUUGUUGUGAAAACUCACCAAAAAAAAAAAAAAAAAAAAGUGUUUUCAGCAGUGCAGCCCUGGGGUCAUACAGGGUCAAAAAAACCGAAACCAAACCCAUUGCCAUUGAAAAAGACUUCCUCUUUUAGGAAAAGCCCCAGACAGUCACUUAUCUUCUUGUCCCAUCCUUGUCUGUGAAGGAUUUGAUUUCUUUCCCCCCCACCCCCUCCCGCUGUGGUCAUAUCUCUUUUCUUCGAAAAAAUUUUAUUUUUUUGUUGUUGUUGAGAAUAUACACAGCAGAACAUCUGCCAGUUCAACGUCUUCUACAUGUGCGACUCAGUGACAUCAAUUAUAUUCUUUGAGUUGUGCAGCCAUUUUCACCCUCCUUUUCUGAGUUGUUCCUCCCCAGCAACAUAAACUCAUUGCCCCCUAAGGUUCCUAUCUAACAGUAAUCUUUGGAGUUGCUGUGGUCACUUUGAUCCCAUGUAGAUACUUCUUAGAAGAGCACAAUGCUCAAGGCAGACUUUUUUUUCCCCCCUAGUUAAGCUAAAAUGUUGUUUGGUUUUAAGAAAACAUCAGGGGAUAUUUUUGGUUUAAGGUUUAAAGAUUAUUUUAGGGCAAUAGUUUCAGGGAUUCAUCCAACCUCCAUGGCUCCCAAAAGUCUGGAUUCCAUGAGAAUUUGAAAUUCUGUUCUUCAUUUUCCCCCUUCCGAUCAGGAUACUUCUAUGGAAUCUUUGAUCAAAGUGUUCAGUAGUGGUGGCCAGGCACCGUCCAGUUCUCUGGUCUCAUGGCAAAGGAGGCAGUUGUUGAUGGAGGCAAUUAGCCACACAUUCCAUAUCCUCCUCCUGUGCCUGACUUUCCUUCUUCCUUUCUUGUUCCAGGUGAACAGAGACAAAUUGUUGUGCCUUGGAUGGCUACUUGCAAGCUUUUAGGACCCUAGACACUACACAAUGAACCAGGAGAUAGAACAGAGGCACUAAACACAUUAUUAGGCCAAUUAACUGGGAUACUCCGUGAAACCAUGACCCUAAACCUCCAAAUCAAGGAACCAAAUCCCUUGAGGUUUUUGGUUGUAUAUAAGUAGCCUCAGCAGCUACUCUUUUUUUUUUUUUGUCAUUGUUGUAAAUAUACAUAUUGCACAACUUUACUCAAUUCAUCUUUUUAUAGGUAUACAACUUACAGACAGCAGUUAAAAUAAUCAGCUGUGCAACUCUACCCUUAAUGCGGUUUUUCCAGGGUGAUUUGUAUUCUUGAUUGUCCCUCUCAGAACAAAGACUGAACCAAGCAGAGAGUGUUGUGAAGUGCCACAGUGAAAACUCUGGCCUUGUGUUUUCCUUCUGAUCUGUAGACCUGUUCCUGACAUGAGGAGAUAGCCACCAGAAUUAGCGUGGUGUCCAUGUAAAGCUUUGGAAGCACACCAUUUUCUAGUGUCUGUGUUUGAGCACCUGAAGGGCACAUGUAGAAGAAUAUUAUUUCCCAGAAGUUUUAUAUUACCAAGAAGACCACUAAAGGUUGACUUCUGCAUUUGGAUACUCUGUUCGCAUAUUAAUGGAGCUCAGCAACCAAGAACCUGCUUUGGCAAACAUUAUGCCACAGCUGGAAACAAUGCUGCUUAAAAUGGGGGUAGUAAUAGUACCUGCCUUGUAGGGUUGUAAGGACUGCAUGAGAUGACAUAUGGAAAGCACAGAUUUAAUGCCAGGUGCGUCCUAGGUGCUCAGUAGGUGGUAACUACCAUCAUUACCACCACCACCAGCCUUCCCUCCUGAGGAAUCAGGAGAGCAUUCCUUUGGAGACAAGUUUGACUUUGGCGCAUAUAUAUAUAUAUGUAUAUAUAUAUAUAUAUUUAUGAAAAAUUCAUUUCAGCGCCCACGGAUGUCUAGGGUGUCUCCUCAUCUUGACCCUCUUUAGCCUUAGUAUGUUUUCUUUCUUCACCCUGCCAGGAAGAGGUAUGUCCCCAAGGAUCUAUAAACUAUAUUUUUACCUAAAUCCCUAGAACCUAAACAGUUCAAUGUAUAUUAAUCUUAUAUUGCAAUAAUUUCUUUGCCCUUUCAUUCAACAUUAUUUUAGGUGACAAAAAAAGGAAGAAAAUUUACUAGAGUUUCUUAAAUAAAUAUGCAUUUGUGCUGCUGUAUUUAAUCUUUUUAAGAAGGUUGCAUGUAGAAAUGGAAUAAUUUUGUUUUAUUCAUAGCUUUCCACAGAUGAGCAGGCCUUAUAAAAAAGUGGGACAGUAGCUUAGGCGUCCAUCUCAGUAGAUGAUACAGUUCUCAUUCAUAGUGCCUGUCCACAUCUGAUUUAACUCGGUAUUCAUAAAAGUAUCCUUUGUAAUAAAUUUAAUUUUUGCAAUCAAGUAUUUAAAGUAUUAUAGGAGAUGUUAAUUGUAAAGGAACCUUUAGGGAGAGUAAAGAAAUUCUGAAUCGCAUUUAAAGCUUUUCUUAUUUCAUAAAUAAGUAUUUUUAUGUAUUGGAUUGGUAAAGCACUUAUACAUAUUGCUAGGUAUACCUGGCUUAAAGGAAAUAAUAAUUUUUAAAUGGCUGUUCACAAUUUCAAAUUUUUUAAAAAAAUAUUCAGCAAAAGUAUUUUCCUACUUUCUAGUGUGCAAAAGUAGUUUGUAUUAAAAUUUUCUGUUUCGGGACUAAAAAUGUGCUGCUCGUCGUUAAAUUAAGCAGAGUGUGAGCCAGGUUAAUUUUUAAGUACAGUUUCAGGUAAAAGGUGCUGAUUUUCUUGUAUAGCAUGAGAACAAUAAUGUCAUCCAAGGACAGAAAUAACUUGAAAUCUCCUAGAGGUCCAAAUUCCUUAUUUGCCAUCCAAAAAAGCUCUGAAAGCGGAAAGUUUUCAUUGUGACUCAUUUGGCAACAUAGCCUGUCCUGAAUUGACAGGAAGCUGCCAUGGUCUUUAUUUAUCCCAGUCAGUGUGAAUGUUCAUGUUUUGCUGCAGAAAUAUUACUGCGUCGGAUUAAGGGGUUCUGCCCUAGAUACUGCCGGGGGUAUCGUGUGCUACAUGGUAUGUGCACUAUAUGAUCUUGCUAAAACCCCGAAACUUCUGAAUUCUGAAACAUGUCUGGCCCAAGGAUUAAGAAUAAAAGCUGGUGAACCUAUUCCAGAGCAACUAUGCCCUACAUCCGAGGUACCUCUUUAUGUCUGUUUCUAGUAUAAUUAUAAAUAAGGUCCUGUUCCCACUCAGACGUGUCCCAUUUUGAACAGUAAAUCAUGUGGCCGCCACACUGACCGCCUCAAGUUCUCGGGAACGGGCAAGGCAGCGAUGGCGAGUGAGCAUUAGUAAGCUUCUAGGGCAUUCCCGUAUAUAAAACUGUGAAACAAACAAGAUUCUAAGUUGUCUCUGGAACCUAAAAUUAACUAUUGUUUAUGAGAAAUAAUUAAAAAAAUAUGUAUCUCUGCCUUCUUAGAGUUCCCCACAAAAUUUACAUAUACCUCUUUUUCAGGCAAUUCAUCAGUUUCCCCAUGGCAGUUGCUUGUGUAUGAGCCUCCUUGCCCUUACAGGUGGAAGCCCCCUUUCUAUUUCCUGUUUGUUUAUCACAGAGUCCCUGGGGGGUGCAGAAGGUUAAGUGCUCAGUUCCUAGCUGAAAGGUUGACCAUUCGAACCCACCCGGAGGUGCCUCAGAAGAAGGGCCUGGUGGUCUGCUUCCGAAAGGUCACAGCCUUGAAAACCCUAUGAAACCGUUCCACUCUGCGCACAUAGGAUCUCUGGUACCUACCAUGCCUGUGGAGAGGAUGCGGAUGCGCCCGUGGCUGGAGGAACAGAUAAAUUCAAACACAAUACCGGGGCUGAGAUGGCUUAACAAGGAAAAGAAGAUUUUUCAGAUCCCCUGGAUGCAUGCGGCUAGACAUGGAUGGGAUGUAGAAAAAGAUGCUCCACUCUUUAGGAACUGGGCGAUCCACACAGGAAAGCAUCAACCAGGCGUAGAUAAACCUGAUCCAAAAACAUGGAAGGCGAAUUUCCGAUGUGCCAUGAACUCCUUGCCCGAUAUUGAAGAAGUCAAGGAUAAAAGCAUAAAGAAGGGAAACAAUGCCUUCAGAGUGUAUCGAAUGCUGCCCUUAUCUGAACGACCUUCUAAGAAAGGAAAGAAAACAAAGACAGAAAAAGAAGACAGAGUUAAGCACAUCAAGCAAGAACCGGUUGAAUCAUCUUUGGGGCUUAGUAAUGGAGUGAGUGAUCUUUCUCCUGAGUACGCCGUCCUGACUUCAGCUAUAAAAGAUGAAGUGGACAGUACGGUGAACAUCAUAGUUGUAGGACAGUCUCACCUGGGCGGCAACAUUGAGGAUCAAGAGAUUGUCACCAACCCGCCGGACAUUUGCCAAGUCGUAGAGGUGACCACUGAAAGUGAUGAGCAGCCAGUCAGCAUGAGCGAGCUCUACCCUCUGCAGAUAUCCCCUGUGUCUUCCUACGCAGGGAACCUGAUACAGUGCAUGAGCCUAAGGAGACCACGAUCCUCGAUGUGCACUGCCCAGCGCCUCUGUGUAUCCUCAGGGAACCUGAUACAGUGCAUGAGCCUAAGGAGACCACGAUCCUCGGUGUGCACUGCCCAGCGGCUCUGUGUAUCCUCAGGGCAGCUGAUACAGUACGUGAGCCUAAGGGAGACCACGAUCCUCGGUGUGCACUGCCCAGUGUCUCUGUGUAUCCUCAGGGCAGCUGAUACAGUACGUGAGCCUAAGGAGACCACGAUCCUCGGUGUGCACUGCCCAGCGUCUCUGUGUAUCCUCAGGGAAGCUGAUACAGUGCGUGAGCCUAAGGAGACCACGAUCCUCAGUGUGCACUGCCCAGCAUCUCUGUGUAUCCUCAGGGAACCUGAUACAGUGCAUGAGCCUAAGGAGACCACGAUCCUCGAUGUGCACUGCCCAGCAGCUCUGUGUAUCCUCAGGGAAGCUGAUACAGUGCGUGACCCUAAGGAGACCACGAUCCUCGAUGUGCACUGCCCAGCGCCUCUGUGUAUCCUCAGGGCAGCUGAUAACAGUGCGUGAGCCUAAGGAGACCACGAUCAUCGAUGUGCACUGCCCAGCAGCUCUGUGUAUCCUCAGGGAAGCUGAUACAGUCGUGAGCCUAAGGAGACCACGAUCCUCGGUGUGCACUGCCCAGCGUCUCUGUGUAUCCUCAGGGCAGCUGAUACAGUACGUGAGCCUAAGGAGACCACGAUCCUCGAUGUGCACUGCCCAGCGUCUCUGUGUAUCCUCAGGGAAGCUGAU